AAUACUCAUGUAUCCUAGGUCCUAGUAAACGAAAAGGAAGUCUAUAGUUAAGACAGAACCAUAACUUUAACUAUAGUUAGCUGGUUUAACUGUCAUUCAUGGCCAACAGCCUACGAAGAGAGCAUUGAAAGCCUGAGGAGAGAUAGCGAAGAAGUAAAGAGAAGACUUAGGGUUUCACACUCUCCGAAGAGGAAGCACCAAUGAUGCCAAAAGCGACGGUGGUUCUGCUUCUUCUAGUCGUCGCCGCUGUGGGAAAUGCGACGGCCGAGAAAAGACAGCCAAGAAUUGUCAAGCACAACGGCGUCGUUGCGACGGACGAUGAACGCUGCUCUGAAAUAGGGAUGCGCGUUCUUCGGCAGGGAGGUAACGCAGUUGAUGCCUCAGUGGCUGCUGCUUUGUGUUUAGGAGUUGUGAGUCCGGCUUCAAGCGGUUUAGGAGGUGGAGCGUUUAUGGUUGUGAAGUUGGCCGAUGGAGAUGAGAUCGCUUAUGACUCUAGAGAAGUCGCUCCCCUUCGCGCAACCGAGAAUAUGUAUGGUGGCCACGUUGAUCUGAAGAGGAAAGGAGCCUUGUCUGUAGGCGUUCCCGGGGAACUAGCGGGUCUCUUCACCGCUUGGAAACAGCACGGAAAGCUGCCCUGGAAGCAACUCGUCUAUCCUGCUGAGAACCUCGCUAAGGGAUUCAAGAUAACGAAAUAUCUCCACAUGCAGAUGAAUGCUACUCGAGGAGGCAUCUUACAAGACAAAGGUCUCUCCGAGCUUUUCGUUUCGAAUGGAGAGCUGAAGACACCAGGGAUGAUUUGCCACAACCCUAUACUGGCUUCGACGCUAAGGAAAAUCGCCGAGUACGGUCCAAAAGCGUUUUACAACGGAACUGUUGCGUUUGACAUCGUCAAAGACGUUAGUAACCUGGGAGGGAUACUAACGUUGGAAGACUUGCGAAGAUACAGAGUUAAAGUCAAACGUCCUUUGUCAACAGAGAUUCUUGGGUACAGAGUGCUUGGCAUGCCUCCUCCAUCAUCCGGUGGUCCUGCAAUGAUGCUGGUUUUGAACAUGCUUUCUCGGUAUGGGAUUCCAUCAGGUGUUUCGGGAUCUCUCGGGGUUCAUAGACUAGUUGAGGCUCUGAAACACGCCUUUGCUGUCAGAAUGAACCUUGGAGAUCCAGAUUUCGUGGACGUUACCAAAGUCGUUUCAGACAUGCUCUCCAUAGAGUUUGCAGAAUCGUUGAAGAAGAAGAUAAACGACAAUACAACUUUUGAUCCAAAGUACUAUGGUGGCAGGUGGAAUCAGAUUAAGGAUCACGGGACAAGCCAUAUAUCGAUAAUAGACAGCGAGAGGAAUGCCGUUUCGAUGACUACCACAAUCAACUCCUAUUUUGGGGCAUUAAUUCUGUCUCCGAGCACCGGAAUUGUACUGAACAACGAAAUGGAUGAUUUCUCAAUCCCAAUGAAACAUGACGGUAGUGAAUCUGUACCGCCACCAGCACCGGCUAACUUCAUCAGACCAGGAAAACGUCCGUUGUCUUCUAUGACACCCACUAUUGUACUCAAGGAUGGUAAAGUGAAGGCCGCAGUGGGUGCAAGCGGAGGGGUGAAUAUCAUUGCUGGAACAGUCGAAGUUUAUUUAAAUUAUUUUUUCCUUAAGAUGGAUCCUCUUUCUGCCGUUUUGUCUCCAAGAAUCUACCAUCAGCUGAUACCAAACGUAGUUUCGUAUGAAAAUUGGACGACGGUGUUCAGUGAUCAUUUCGAGAUCCGUAAGGAAACAAGAGCUGUGUUGGAGAAGAAAGGCCAUGUUCUAAAACCUAUCUCUGGAGGGACAAUUGCUCAGUUCGUAGUUCAGGAAUCAGGUGCAAAUUCCCGUGGACUGAGUGAGCUUGUGGCGGUAAGUGAUCCAAGAAAAGGAGGGUUCCCUUCAGGAUUUUGAGAUCGACUUUUAACUUGUUAUGUUAGCAUGGACUCUGAACUUAUUAUUAGCAUCGAUUUUGAACUACUUAUGUUAGUAUUCGUAUGUAUGGGUUGCU